AUGUUCAAAGAGAUGAGACUGGCAGGCAGGAUAUCAAAGAUGCAAGGUGGGUCAGAACAGGUUGUGAAGAUGUGGAGCUGGCUUUUCACACUGGUUGUCCUGUUGACCUUCAUGAAACAGGCUGAAGCUCAGGGCAGGUGUAAUAAUGUGCAAGCAGCAGAUAUUGUUUUCCUGGUUGAUGGGUCUUCCAGUAUUGGCCGAGCUAACUUCCUGCAGGUGAAGGGUUUCAUAUCUGGAAUCAUCAAACCAUUUGCCAGCUCUGUCAGCGAGUCAGGGAUACGGUUUGGGGCCAUACAGUACAGUGACACCUCCAGGGUUGAAUUCACCUUUACUACCUACCUGAAUGGCACAGAGCUGGUCAAUGCCGUAGAAAAUCUAAACUAUAAAGGUGGAAACACACGCACUGGUGCUGGUCUCAAGUUUGUGGCUGACAACUUCUUCAACCCUUCAGCCAGUCGAGAUGUCCCAAAGAUCACUAUCCUGAUCACAGAUGGAAAGUCACAGGACAGUGUGCAAGAACCUGCACAGAAGCUGCGUAGUCAAGGAGUGCAUGUUUUUGCAGUUGGCAUAAAGAGCGCAGAUAGGAAUGAACUGGCUCAGAUAUCCUCUCAGCCCAGCAGUGACUUCACCUCCUUUGUUGGGGAUUUCAAACUGCUGAACACACUUCUUCCUCUUGUGAGUCCCCGAGUGUGUUCAAAAGCAGGAGGAGUCUAUGCUAGUGAUGGUACGCAUGAGGCAUUUUCUGGUCCGUCCAACAUUCAGUUUACAGGGCAGAUGUCUGAUUCUCUCAGGUUUCGCUGGACUCCUGCAGGGGGGCCUGUGAGUGGCUAUGUAGUCCAGUAUGUGCCCCUCUCCGGCCUGGGUCAGCCUAUUACAGCAGAAUUGCGGCAGGAGACUGUCUCUGCUAGUCAGAGGACCUUCACUGCCCGAGAGCUGAGGUCAGGGACAGACUACCUGGUGACUAUCAUUGCCCAAUACCCCAACAGUGUGGGAGAGUCUUCUUCUGCCAAGCAACGAACCAGGUCCCUGCCAGGUGUCUCCAGUCUACGUCUGGUCCAGGCUGACUUCUUCUCUCUCACUGUUGGCUGGGAUCAGCCUUCAUCUCCUGUCCAGGGCUACAGACUCACCUAUGGACUAAGAGGUCAGCCAGCGGCUCAGCUAUUGGAGCAGUCUCUGUCUGCAGAUUCCACAUCCGUCACCUUGGAGUCACUUCAGCCUGACACAGAAUACGUCAUCAGUCUCUACCCUCUGUUCCCCCGAAAUUCUGCAUCUCCAUCCGUCCUCAAUGCCCGCACAUUGCGGCUUGAGGCAGUAAAGCAGUUAUCAGUGGAGACGGAGUCAGAGGGCAGUGUUCGUCUGCGGUGGAGAGGCGUCAGUGGUGCUCGGACCUACCGUCUAGUCUGGGGACCAUUUCCAGGUCGAAAUUUUGAGACUGUGGAGGUUGCUGGCAACAGUGAGUUUCACACUUUGUCCAGACUGCAGCCUGACACUGAGUACAUCGUUACUAUCAUCCCACUGUAUGAAGGCAACACUGAGGGCCCUGUAGCCACUGCCAGGUUCAAGAUAGAGCGUCAGGAGCAGCAGGUCCUCAGAGCAGCUACCACCGGCCCCUCCUCCAUCCGCCUCACCUGGAGAAUAAUUCAGUCCUCUCGAGGGUAUCGACUGGAGUGGAAGGAGGGUGAAGGAGGCCGCGUCCAGAGCCUGUCCUUUCCUAGAAGCACCACCAGCUAUGAGUUAACUGGCCUCCGGCCCAACACAGAAUAUGUUAUCACCCUGUAUACCCUGUUCGAAGGUCGUGAGGAGGCCACACCUGUUUCCACCACAUCCAGAGAGGAACAGCCAGUGGGGAGGGUGUCCAACCUGAGAGUUGUGGAGUCUCUGGGCAGUACUGUCAGACUUGGCUGGAUAGGUGUAGCUGGGGCCACACAGUACCGCAUCAUUAUCCUGAACACAGACGCGGGCACUGAGGAAAUCCGAACUAUCCCCGGAAACCAAACAACCCUUGACCUCAGAGACCUGACAGUGGGAGUGUCAUAUGGUAUCAGUGUCACAGCACUGGUGGGAGAAAAUGAAGGAGACCCAGUCACUGUCUACAUCAAACCAGGUGCGGAACAGUCCCGUCUUCUUGGGGCGGAGGCCACAGCCUUCACUAUAGAUGGUCUGCAACCAGAUGAGGCGCUGGUAAUUGGUGUUGCAGCUGUUGUUGACCAACGCGUUGGAGAGGUGGUCACACUGUCAGCUCGGACUAAUCCCCACGGCGGAUCAGUAUCUGGACUUCGCAUCACUGACGUCACAUCUCAGAGGAUACGCAUUUCAUGGUCACCCUCCCCAAGGGCAACUGGCUACAAGAUCACCUGGCGUAGUGAUAAUGGUGUUGAAACAACUCGUAACGUGGCAGCCGACGUCUCUUCCUUCACCAUUGAUGGACUGCAGGCAGAUUCAGCAUACAGUGUGCUAGUUUCUACACUGAGUGGCUCUCGAGAGGGAAGCCCUUCCACUCUGAACAUCAGAACAGGUGGUGAACAAAGGAGUCAGCUGGUUGGGGGAGAUGUGACAGCAGUGGAUUUAGACCGGCUGGACCCUGGAGCUCAAUAUGAGGUGCAGGUCAUGGCUUUAGUUCAAAACAGAGAGGGAAGCCCUGUGUCUGUCAGAAUCACCACACCUGGUACCUAUACCCCUCCUCCCUCUCUACCUACCACAACUUUACGAGUGGCAGAGGUUACCCAGAGUUCUGCACGGCUAGACUGGAUUCCACUACCAGGUGCCACAGGAUAUAUUCUACGCUGGAGAGACGAGACAGAUGUUGGUCGAGGCUUGUCUGUUUCGCUGCCUGCUUCCUCCAGCUCUUACCAGGUGACUGGGCUACGUUUGGGCCGUCGAUAUCGCUUUAGUGUGCAGCCCACCUUUGAAAAUGGAUUGGGAACGGAGAGCUCUGUUAAUGAACGCACUGUGUGUGUGGGCGGGCGUCUGGAUGUGGUGUUUCUGGUGCCGGCAUCUACCGAUCGGAUCAGCCUCGCAAGACCUCUGCGUGAACUCCUCACAAGUGCAGCAGGGUCACUCAACACCAUUGGAACCCGUGACUCACAGGUGGGAGUUGUAGUGUACGGUUACAGACCCAAAAUAUGGUUCCUGCUCAGUCGCCAUGGCAGAUCUGACACACUGCUUCAAGAGAUCCAGUCCACACCCUUUGAUGAAAGCCCAGGGAAUAACAUUGGUGAGGCAGUGACCUUCUCCAGACAGUACCUUCUGACCCCCUCAGCUGGACGCAGACCGAGGGUCCCUGGUGCUGUUGUCAUCAUCACUGACAGAAAAUCAGCUGACAACCUCACUCUCGCAGCCAGUAAUCUCAGAGCUACAGGUGUCACAGUGUUAGCAGUGGGUAUUGACCAGGCAGAUACUGAGGAGCUACGUCGUGCUGUUACGGAUGGCAGCACCCAGAACAUCCUGUAUGGCCGUAGUGCAGCACAGCUGGACACACUACAUACUGAUCUGGCAGACCUGCUCUGUGGAAUCGCCAGAAUACCAGAGGUAACUCCAGGUCCAGACCAGUGUGCAAUUCAGUGCCCUCGGGGUGAGAAAGGAGAUCGUGGAGAGAAGGGUGAGAGAGGGAGAGAUGGUGCAGAUGGGCGCAAGGGAGAGCCUGGUCGUGAUGGUUUGCCUGGGAGAGAUGGCCCCAGAGGCCCUGAAGGACGCCCAGGUUCACCAGGCCAAACUAUCCCGUUCCCUCCCACAGCGGGGGUGAAAGGAGAAAAGGGGGAAAGAGGUUGCCAGGGCGACCAGGUGCCCCUGGAACUGCAGGGGUCCCAGGUUCACAGGGCCUACCUGGUGUCAGAGGAGACCCAGGAGGACCAGGUACAACAGGGCCACAAGGGCCAAAGGGCGAUAAAGGUGAAAGGGGUGAACCAGGCUCAGCUAUAUCUGGAGGGGGUCUUCCGGGGAGGAAGGGAGAACCAGGCAUUCCAGGGAUACCGGGUACUCCAGGUCGGCCAGGCAGUGACGGGAUUAAAGGGGCACCUGGAGUUCCAGGGUCAUCAGGUCAGGAUGGUCGCCCAGGGAUACCAGGAACACCAGGACUCUCCAUCAAGGUUUGUUGAGGGAGACAAGGGCAGCUCAGGAGAGAGGGGACCUCCAGGAGUAGGCAGCGGGGUGGCUGUGAAGGGCGAGAAGGGCUCCUCAGGUACUCCAGGAGCUCCAGGGGUUCAAGGUCCUACAGGGCCAACAGGACCUCAGGGCAGCAAAGGAGACAAGGGCGACGGUGCUGAUGGGCUGGCCGGACCUCCAGGCAGGCAAGGAGAGCCUGGGGACAGGGGUCCCCGUGGGCCUCCUGGAGAGAUUGGCAGCAAGGGUGACCGAGGACAGCCAGGUGAAGCUGGAUCACAAGGAGACAGGGGCGAGAGAGGACCGGCUGGUGAAACUGGGGAGAGAGGGGACCCAGGGAAGCCAGGCCUCCAAGGAACACCAGGGUUGAGAGGUUUACCAGGGCCCAGUGGACUGCCAGGAGAAAAGACUCCAGGUUUCCCAGGAAAGAAAGGGGAACAGGGGGAGCGGGGUUUGUCUGGUUCCGAGGGGCAGAGGGGAGAAAAAGGAGAGCCUGGACAGAGAGGAGAGAAAGGGUCUUCAGGGUCAGGAGGGUCAGGUGUUGUUGGACCUAAAGGAGAGCUGGGAGAGCGAGGACCUGCUGGUAUCAGUGGAAGGCCAGGUGGCAAGGGAGACGCCGGUGAACCGGGGGAGAGGGGGGAGAAUGGGCGCCCAGGAAUCCCAGGAAAGCCCGGUCUUCCUGGGAAAGAGGGUGGGAGAGGAGAGAAGGGUGAUGAAGGCACUCCUGGGGAGUCUGGACUUCCAGGGAAACCAGGAGAAAGAGGACUGAGGGGACUGGCUGGUCAGCCCGGACGACCAGGAGAGAAAGGAGACAUGGGAGACCCUGGAGAGCAUGGACGAAAUGGCAGCCCUGGACCUACAGGACUAAGAGGAGACAAAGGAGAACAGGGACCUCAAGGGCCACCAGGGCCACCAGGGAAAGUGGCUGACAUCCCAGGCCAGCUGAGAGGGGAGAGAGGAGAGAAAGGCGAUGCCGGUGACCCAGGAGAGCAUGGCAGCAAAGGUCAGAAAGGCGAAGCAGGGACUCCCGGAGCCCCAGGCCUACGAGGAGAAAGGGGUGCAUCCGGGUUAGAUGGACGUCCAGGUCUGGAUGGUAAACCAGGUGCAGCUGGACCACCUGGACAGAGGGGUGAUCCUGGGAAGCAGGGGGACCCUGGGAGAGAUGGUUUACCAGGACUUAGAGGGGAACAGGGCCCCCCAGGGCCUGUUGGGCCUCCAGGCACUUCAGGGAUACCCGGUAAAGCAGGUGAAGAUGGCAAACCUGGGUCACCUGGCAAAAUGGGCCGUGAUGGGCUGAAAGGCGAUCGGGGCCUUUCUGGGCCUGUAGGCCCCUCUGGUCCUCCAGGGUCACCUGGGGUACCUGGCGGCAUUGGUCCUCCUGGACAGGUUGUGUAUGUGAAAGGAGUUGCAGCAGCAUCAAUCCCAGGCCCACAGGGGCCUCCAGGAACCCCUGGCGUCCCUGGCAUCCCGGGAGCUGUGGGAGGCAGAGGUGACCCAGGAGAGGAUGGGGCACCGGGCAAACCUGGGACAGCAGUGGAUGUACAGAAGGCUCUGGCAGGCCUUGGUAUUCAGUUGUCUGAUCUGAAGGUGGUUGUGCAAAGGACGAACACAGGACUAGCUCAGGAGGCAGAAAGAGGUCAAAAAGGAGACAGGGGGGAACCAGGACAGAGAGGACCAUCUGGUGUAGAUGGUGCUCGUGGUCUUCCGGGAGAUAGGGGAGCAAAAGGUGAACAAGGGGAGCGAGGACCCAUGGGAGGAACGGGGCCUCCUGGAAGAGCCAUUGGAGAACGAGGGCCAGAGGGGCCCCCAGGGCCUGCAGGGGAGCCAGGCAAGCCAGGGAUACCGGGUGUACCUGGGCGAGCUGGGGAACUAGGGGAGGUUGGAAGACCAGGAGAUAAGGGGGAGAGGGGAGAGAGAGGUGACAAAGGAGAAGCUGGAAAAAUCGGGCUAACAGGGCCAGCUGGUCCACCGGGUCAAAAGGGAGCAUCUGCUGAUUCAGUACUGACUGGCACGCCUGGGGUGAGAGGUCCUCCAGGGCUUGCAGGACAGAAGGGAGAGCCUGGUGCAACAGGAACCCCAGGACCCAAAGGAGACCAGGGUAAUCAAGGAGAACCAGGUGGUAUUAUUGGACCUCCAGGCCAGUCAGGCUUAAAGGGGGAGCAGGGAGACAGCGGAUCUCCUGGGACAAAAGGAGAUAAGGGAGAGAAGGGCAUAGGAAUGGCAGGUCCUCCUGGUCGGGUUGGGCCUCAAGGUUUAAAAGGGGAUCCAGGCCUUCCUGGUCCAGCUGGUCCUCCAGGGCCACAGGGGAAGUCUGGUGAUGCUGGACAGCCUGGUCUGAGAGGAGAAACUGGGCAACCAGGACCUCUAGGACCACAGGGGGAGAGGGCGUUGCAGGCCGUGCAGGAAAUGUUGGAGCUCCUGGUCCUCCUGGUCCUCUUGGAGAAGCAGGAGAAGUUGGUGUUGGUGUCCCUGGUCCCAGAGGAGAAAGAGGAGAUUCAGGGCCCAGAGGAGAUGUUGGACUGCAAGGGUGACCGAGGGCCCAAAGGUGUGCAGGGAGAAAAAGGAGUGAAGGGUCAAGAGGGUCCUCCAGGGUUGCAGGGUCUGAGGGGAGAGCCAGGAGAAAGAGGAUCCACUGGAUUCCCAGGUGCCCGUGGCCCUGGUGGACAGAAGGGAGAAGCUGGUCAACCUGGAGUACCUGGUGAAUCGGGUUUACCAGGAAAAGAUGGGCUGGCAGGGCUUAGGGGGGAGAAGGGAGAGAUUGGUAUCACAGGCAUGAGAGGAAUCAAGGGUGACCGAGGACCCAAGGGGGUUUGUGGAGGCGAUGGACCCAGAGGAGAGAAGGGGGAUGCUGGUAUUCAUGGACGAUCAGGCCUUCCAGGAAGAAAAGGUGAACAGGGGGAUAUCGGACCUCCUGGGGCCCCUGGGACCCCUGGAAAAGAGGGGCUUGUCGGCCCCAAGGGUGACCGUGGCUUUGACGGGGUUGCAGGACCCAAAGGAGCUCAGGGAGAGAAAGGUGAAAGAGGUCCAUCUGGUAUACCUGGUCCUCCUGGUCCCAGAGGAGGGGAUGGGCCCCCCGGCCUUACUGGUCCUCAGGGACCAGCUGGUGGUAAAGGCCCUGAGGGGCUCCAGGGACAGAAGGGAGAGAGAGGGCCAGUUGGUCCUGCCACGGUCGGUCCACGCGGUAUCCCAGGUAUCCCAGGAGAGAGAGGAGAGCAGGGAGAGAUGGGCCUAGAUGGAGCAAAGGGAGACAGAGGAGAGCCAGGCAUGACGGUCAGUGCUUGA